GCACCCAUUAGUGGCAGCCGCGUCGCGUGCUGCAACAAGAACACCGCAAUAUCAUGUCGAACAACGCGCAGACUCCGCGACGCAAGCGCCAACGCUCGCCCUCUCCUGGAUCCUCUCCACCGCGGCCAGAGACACCCCCUGCCCAGGAGAUCCUGCCGCCUUCCUCGCCUCAGACACAGUUCUCGGACACCGACGAAAGCCUCGACGAGCGCGACGCCGUCCCUGACUUGGACGACGAGGAGGGCGAAGAUCUGUUCGGCGAACAAGUCUUGGAAGCAGACUACGAGCCAAACCAACUUCUCGACCAGUAUUCUGAUGCCGAUAUCAACGACAACGAGGACCUGGAGGAGCUCACUGCCGCGCAGCGUCGCGCCGCCGAGCGUAGGAUGGACCGUCGCGAUAGACUCGAUGGACAGGGCAGACGCGCGGCGGCGCGUCGCAGAGGCCCUGGAUUCGUUGACGACGACGACAUGGAUGAUGGUGACGAGGACGAAGAGAUGGUCGCGCGCAUGAAGAAGCGUACGCGGCGACCGUACGACGAGCGCAGGGAUAUCGAUGACAUGGACGGUGUUGAAGGCGAAAUCCCGCUGGAGCAACUGAGCGACAUCAAAGCGAAAUCGAUCGUUGAGUGGAUUGCGAAUGAUGUCGUCCGACGCACCAUCGUCAAGCAUUUCCGCUUGUUCUUGACCACCUAUACCGACGACCACGGAAACUCUGUCUAUGGACAGCGUAUCCGGGCUUUGGGAGAAAACAACGCCGAAUCUCUCGAAGUGUCUUAUGUGCACCUUGCAACGUCCAAAGCAAUCCUUGCCUACUUCUUGACAAAUGCACCCUCAGCCAUGCUCGAAAUCUUCGAUGAAGUGGCGCUUGACGCUAUUCUCGUAUAUUUCCCAGCGUAUCGGAGAAUCCAUUCGGAGAUUCACGUUCGCAUAUCCGAGCUUCCCUUGAGCUCGUCCUUGCGUGAAUUGCGGCGGUCUCACCUUAACAACCUCGUCCGCGUAACCGGUGUAGUAACCCGUCGAAGCGGUGUUUUCCCGCAGCUCAAGUAUGUUAAAUUUGACUGCAAGAAGUGUGGCGCCGUUCUAGGCCCGUUCUAUCAAGACGCGACUCGUGAAGCUACGGAAGUCAAGAUCAGCUUUUGUGGACGAUGCGAAAGUAAAGGGCCGUUUCCCGUCAAUUCCGAACAGACUGUGUACCGCAAUUAUCAGAAGAUGACUUUGCAGGAGUCUCCUGGAUCUGUUCCAGCUGGACGACUGCCUCGACACCGAGAAAUCAUCUUGUUGUGGGAUCUCAUUGAUAGCGCCAAACCGGGCGAAGAAGUGGAAAUUACCGGCAUCUACCGCAACAACUUUGAUGCGUCGCUGAACGCGAAGAACGGUUUCCCUGUCUUCUCCACGAUCAUCGAGGCGAACCACGUGAACAAAAAAGAAGAUUUGUUUGCUGCGUUCAGACUGACGGAGGACGACGAGAAGCAAAUCCGGCUGUUGGCCCGCGACGACCGCAUCCGCAAGCGCCUGAUCAAGUCGAUCGCGCCCUCGAUUUACGGUCACGAGGACAUUAAGACCGCGAUUGCGCUGUCUCUGUUUGGCGGUGUGCCGAAAGAUAUCGACCACAAACAUCGUAUUCGUGGGGAUAUCAACGUACUGCUCCUGGGAGACCCUGGGACCGCCAAGUCGCAGUUCCUCAAGUACGCGGAGAAGACUGCGCACCGCUCGGUCUUUGCGACGGGCCAAGGCGCGUCUGCCGUCGGUCUCACUGCUAGCGUGCGCAAAGACCCUGUGACUCGCGAAUGGACGCUGGAGGGUGGCGCGUUGGUGCUCGCAGACAAGGGCACGUGUCUGAUCGAUGAGUUCGACAAAAUGAACGAUGCAGACCGGACGUCAAUUCACGAGGCCAUGGAGCAGCAGACGAUCUCGAUCUCCAAAGCAGGGAUCAUCACAACGCUGCAGGCGCGCUGUGCGGUUAUUGCAGCCGCAAAUCCGAUCCGGGGCAGGUAUAAUCCAACGAUCCCGUUCCAACAGAAUGUCGAGCUGACAGAGCCUAUUCUGUCCCGUUUCGACGUGCUCUGCGUUGUCAAGGACAGUGUGGAUCCCGUGGCCGACGAGCUGCUGGCGCGUUUCGUCGUUGGCAGUCACUUGCGCAGCCACCCCAAGUUUGAGAAGGAACAAGAUGAGAUGGAGGUUGGGACCACCCUGGAUGCUGAUAUCAUUCCUCAAGACACCCUGCGCAAGUACAUCAUGUACGCGCGGGAAAAGGUCUAUCCGAAACUGCAUGCACUCGACCAGAACAAGCUCUCCGACUUGUUCGCUGAUCUCCGCCGUGAAUCUCUUGCGACGGGCUCUUUCCCAGUCACCGUGCGCCACCUGGAGAGCAUGAUUCGGAUGGCAGAGGCCAGUGCAAAGAUGGCUCUCCGCGAAUAUGUGCGCGCGGACGACAUCGACCUGGCGAUUGAAGUCGCAGUCGGCAGCUUCAUCAACGCGCAGAAGAUGAGCAUCAAAAAGACGCUGCAGCGGGGCUUCCGCAAGUAUCUCACACAAAGCAAAGACCACGAGGAAUUGCUCGCCUUCCUCCUCGGCGGGCUCGUCAAGGACAAGGCACGGCUUCACCAGCUGCAAUUCCGCGAAACACCCAAGUCCGUCGUUGUGAAGCUCGCCGAGUUGGAGGCCCGGGCCAAGGACCACGACAUUUUCGAUGUCACUCCCUUCCUGCGCUCUCGACUGUUUACUGCCAACGGAUACAAGGCCAGCGAUGGAAACAUCACCAAAGAGUUCAAAUCAACCUGAGUGGAGAUUACGCCUGUCUGUUUGUAAAUCUAGUGUUUUUUUAUGUAUGUGUUUUUGGUGCAUGUGAACGUGAGUUGGGAUGCAAGGUUGUGCGGUUUACGCUGUAGGCUCCGAGUCUUCAGCCAGUGCCCGCUCUGCUGCAGCAACAGGGUCGGGAUCUUCACCCAGUACUCGUUCUGCUGCAGUAACAGGGUCCUCGUCAGCCGCUUCGUCCUCCGCGAUUUCUGGGCCGGGUUCAGAUCGCAAACGAAAGAGAUUUCCCUGCGCACUCACCAGCUGCAUAGACCUCCGGGUGCUGCCUGAAGCAUGUCUGCAUCCCCUGGAACUUUUCCACGCAGUUGAUACCCUUGGGUUCCUCUUCCGAAAACACAAAACACGAGAACGCAGCUCGGAAUUCCUCCCCACACGGUCCGUGUGCCAUCCCACCCAGACACGGGCAGUCCCAGUUGAUUUCCCCCGUUUCGGGGUUGAAGGCGCCGCCGUUCGAGUCGCUCGUCGGUUGGGCUUCGGUCAUUUCGGACUCUGAGGCAUGCACUGGGGCGGGUUCAGGCGUCCGUGGCGGCUUCGCGUUCGGGUGGCCUGCAGGCCAUUGUAGUCCUGCGGAAAAAGAGACAUGUUACGCCAAAGUGCUCAGUGAUUUCGGAUAUGGGGUACCCUGCAGUUUGUCUAUGUCCUCCUUCUUAAACGGUCGGAUGGAAAUUAAGCCGGGCACGCCCACAGCGAGCACGGUCCCGGCGCCCGCUGCAAAAGCGCGUUUUGAAGACCCGGCUCUGGGAUGGAAGGACUGCGAGCCGAGAGAUUGCCUACAGGACCGGGCGAAACGAGCGAACAUGUUGGUCAGCGAGAGGGAGAAAGU